CAGAAGUGAAUCAAAUUGUGUUUGCAAAAUGUUCAAGCUGUUCGCCAUUGUCUUCGCUGCCCUAGUGGCCCUCGCUUCAGCUGUGCCAGCCCCUGAGGCUGCCCCAGUUGCGGCCCCUAAGGCUCAGCCGAACCCCGCUCCUGUCUACUACGCCGCCCCUGCUGUCGCCUACACCGCCCCUCUUGCUUACUCUGCCUACACACCACAUCUGACCACAUACCAUGGAGCAGGUGCCCACUACGUCUACUAGGCCAGUCUACUUGAUAUUUCUUCCGGAUAUGCAUUUUAAAUAUGUCAGACCAGAAUUUACGUUGAAAUAAAGCAUUUUAAGUUA